AUGGCUUUUUCGUUAAAAAAACGUUCACGAUCAAAAUCUCAAGCAUGUUUAAUUACUGAUAAUCAAAAUAAAUCAUUAGGUGAAGUACUUCAUCGAUCGACUAAAACAAAAAAGAAAGAAAAAGAUGUAUUUUAUCAAAAAGAUAGAAUUUCAUCAACAGCAGAUAGUGACCUUGAGUCAAAUAUUCAACCUACAUUAAUUAAAACACCUGUUAUUUAUCGAAAUAAAUGUCUAUGUGAUACACAUCAUGAAAAACAAUUAGUUGAACAUACUUAUGAUUUAACAGUUGAUAGAUUAUUUGAUUUAUUAUUUGGUUCAAAUGAAUUUGUUCGAACAUAUAGACAAGCCCAACAAUUCUAUGAUGAUACAGCUACUGAAUGGUCAAAAAAUGAAAUAACAAAUCAUCGUGAACGAAUACUUACCUAUAAAGUACCUUAUGAAUCAACAUUAAUUGGUAAAAGUACAAUUGUUACACGUGAAAAACAAACACUUUUUCAUGAAAUACCUGGUUCUCAUUAUAUGCUUGAAACAGAAGUAUCUAAUGAAGGUGUACGAUAUAGUGAUACAUUUUCACUUACAAUGCGUUAUUGUCUUGUUCAAAUGUCUUCAACAACAACUAAUCUACGUGUUACUGCUCAAAUUACUUAUACUAAAGCACUCAAUCGAUUUAUAAAACAAAUAAUUGAACGAAAUGCUUAUUCAGCAUCUCAAGAAGGUUUAAAAGAUUUAAAUAAUCGUCUAAAUCUUAUUGCAAAUUUUAAAAUGGAACAACGGGGUUUAAAUAUAACUGAAACAAUAUCAAUUGUACCAACAACUGAAUCUGUAUGUCCUCCGAAUGAACAGAGCAUACUUCCGGUACAACAACAGAUAUUAUCUCCUGAUACUCAUACAAACACUCAAUCUUCCGAUGCAGAUAAACUCAUAUAUAUGAUUUUAUUUCUAGUCGGUAUACUUAUCUUUAUACACAUACAUCUUGCUAUAAAACUUAAACAUGUGGUUGGUCUAGUUGAUAAUAUAGCUCGUUUAUUGAACAACAAAAAAAUCAUUUGA